AUGAAAUGCUUUGCGGCCUUAGCAGUGGUGCUGCCCUGUGCGCUCGCCGGCACGAAUGAGGUAGGGAAGAAGUUCCUCGAAGAGAAUGCCAAGCGAGAAGGCGUGGUCACUUUGCCAUCCGGGUUGCAGUACAAAGUCCUCCGUGAGGGACAUGGCGAAAAGAGCCCACUGGUGGGAACGCCAUGCGAAUGCCACUAUGCCGGAACCACUCCGAGCCUGACUCCCGAUGCCAUCGAGAAGGAGGAGGGCGAAUGGGCGGAGUUCGACUCUUCCUACAAGCGAGGCAGCCCCACGACCUUCGCACCAAACCAGGUCAUCAAGGGAUGGACCGAGGCCAUGCAGCUCAUGGUGGAAGGAGACAAGUGGCAGAUGUACAUCCCCUCCGAGCUGGGCUACGGCGACGGCGGUUCGGGAGCGAAGAUCAAGGGAGGUGACGUGCUGAUCUUCAACAUGGAGAUCAUGAAGAUCAAGGGCGACAGCAAGCCUGCCGAUCGAUGUGACAUCGAGACUUUGAAAGGCUGCAGCGACAAGGCCAAGACGUACAUCGAGAAGCAGAACAAGCUCACCGCGGACAAGCGGAAGGCCGAGCUCAAGCGACUGGAGGGCAUGAAGGGCAACGACAUGAAGGAGGACAACAAGAACUGGCUGAUGUCCCGGAUAGGCCUGCUCAAGAAGCUUACGACCAAGGAUGAGCUGUGA